UGUCUCAUUGGUGGCAACGACUCGACUUAACCUGUGCGACCAAUGCAUUUCAGCUGAACUAUUUCAUGGUACCCCAAAAAUGCUAUGAUUGUGAUAUUGUUCUAUGGUGCAAAAUGAAUAGGGAAUGGUGUGAGAGUUCUGGAUUUGCAAGUGUACAUCAACGUGGCGCACAUCGGAUUCUCUUCAACAUAACCUCAUAGCUCGUUAAGGUCACGUCCAUGCCUUUCUCAGUGAAGCUCACUACGACGCUUGCCCCCACAUGGAUUUCUCGCAGGGACUUCAAGAGUUUACGGAAAAAGCUACCUCUCAAUCUCAGCGAUUGGAGGGACCCAGGAGACACCCCAGAAUGCGAGGCGAUUUGGGAAUCGUUGGAUCCAGUGCUUCGAAAGCACGGAUUGGAACAGUGGACUCAUACCGAAAACCAGUUCCUGGAUUCUCCCCAAAGGAGUUACCCGCUAGCUAGCGGGUUUGCGUAUGUAACGCCAAGCCGUGGGGUGAAUAGAGGCCUCGGUGCCGCUGAAGAACUUACGUGGUUUCAAUAUAUCAAUCCCAUUUUGAGAAUUGCCCGCACUGCGGAUGGUCACGAUGUCGCCAUUCGGGUCAUCAUCGUCAAUCAAGAUGGACAUGAACAGCUGAAAUUUCUCAAAAGGAUCGCCGCAGGCCCUCUUAGCCUGUUAAGCAGCAAUCACACUCUCCCCAUGCUUCGAGUCUUCCACUACGAAGACAUUACAUUCGGCAUCUUCCCUCGCACAGCCGGAUGUAUGGAAGAAGCCUUUGGUUCCUGGCCAAGGAAUUCAGUAGGAGAUGUACUUGACAUGGUACUCCAGGCACUGGAAGGCCUUGCAUUCAUUCAUGAUUUGGGUAUCGCGCACCGUGAUGCAGACAAGUCGAAUUUCUUGCUACACUGGUAUCCAGAGUCCUUACGGACCAUGACAGUGGCUAUAUCCCGACCUCGAGUGUAUCUCAUCGAUUUUGAGGUUGCAGUGGACUUUCCGCCCGAAUGUCCUGUGCAGGCGCGAGUCUCGGUAGGUCCUCCUAGUGGUGGCACCAUUACCAUCACAGACAAAUGGGGCAGACCGCUCCCACCUGAAGUCGAGUCUGGGAGGCCGUACAAUCCGUUCAAACUAGAUGUGUGGCAACUUGGAUAUGGUUUCAUCACUUUCAGGUCGACUAUUCCAGCUAUUGACAAGAUCCUAGCUGAGCUAGUCCUUGAUGACCCCGUCGCUCGUCCAACUUCGAGUGAGGCGUUAGCCAAGCUCAGCAAUGUGGUGAACAGUAUGCCUCCGGAAGCGUUGCUCCUUAAGCCUGUGAAAUUGAAGGUUGAGCCCGCGGGACAUUCAACGCAGAUUUCGACGGCACCGAACGGCGCAUAGUUCGUGUCAGUAUCUGAUUUUCCCCAGUCUUUGCUGAGUUCACAUGCUCUCCCAUCUUGCUCCGCUACCUUUAUUAUUGCGCUUCGUUGAUGUCUCCUCUGUUCAUUAGUGUGGCUAGGAUUUGUUGUUCACCAAUUAGAUUGUAUCCUUCGCAGUGCAGGCCUAUCGCUCCUGUCUAUUUGGUUAGUAACAUUGAAUAUACACGGAAUUUCUAGAUGC